AUUCUGCAGCUCCUGCAGUGCAACAGUUGGCAGCUGAGCUUCUAUCUCAUCUACUUUUGGAAGAACAUCUUCAGAAGGAUUCAGUGACGCAGCAAGUGAUUGGUCCUCUAAUACGUGCUCUUGGUUCUGAAAUACACAUUUUACAGCAAAGAGCUGUAAAAGCUCUUGUUGGUAUUGCACUGACUUGGCCAAAUGAAAUUGCAAAAGAGGGCGGAGUCACUGAGCUGUCCAGAGUGAUAUUACAAGCUGAUCCUUCACUUCCUCAUGCCUUGUGGGAGUCUGCUGGUUCUGUUUUAGCCAAUAUUCUGCAAUUUAGUUCUGAAUUUUAUUUGGAAGUACCUGUUGCUGUGUUGGUGAGGUUGCUUCGUUCUGGCUCAGAAAGCACAGUGACUGGUGCACUGAAUGCUCUUCUGGUUUUGGAAAUUGAUGAUCCUGCAAGUGCUGUAGCAAUGGCAGAAAGUGGUGCGAUUGAGGCUCUCCUGGAACUUCUCAGAUGUCAUCAGUGUGAGGAAACUGCUGCAAGACUGCUGGAGGUGUUGCUUAACAAUGUAAAGGUCAGGGAUUCAAAAGCUACCAAGUCAGCAAUCUUGCCAUUAUCCCAGUACCUUUUGGAUCCACAAACUCAAGGUCAGCAGGCAAGACUACUGGCAACCCUUGCUCUUGGUGACCUAUUCCAGAAUGAGGCUCUUGCUCGAACUGCGGAUGCUGUUUCAGCUUGCCGGGCUCUAGUGAAUCUUCUUGAGGACCAACCUACGGAAGAAAUGAAAGUGGUAGCUAUUUGUGCUUUGCAAAACCUUGUAAUGUAUAGUCGAUCAAAUAAAAGAGCAGUUGCAGAAGCUGGUGGUGUUCAGGUUGUACUUGAUCUGGUUAGUUCGGGUGAUCCAGAUACAUCAAUUCAGGCAACCAUGUUUAUUAAACUUCUCUUCUCUAACAAUACUAUUCAGGAGUAUGCUUCCAGUGAAACAGUCAGAGCUAUUACAGGUGCAAUAGAAAAGGAUUUAUGGGGUACUGGAUCAGUGAAUGAUGAGUAUCUGAAAGCUCUAAAUGCACUUUUUAGCAACUUCCCACGUCUGAGAGCCUCUGAGCCUGCAACACUCAGUAUUCCUCAUAUGGUGACAUCACUCAAGAAUGGCUCAGAGGCAACUCAAGAAGCUGCCUUGGACGCACUAUUUCUUCUCAGGCAAGCUUGGUCGGCAUGCCCAGCUGAAGUCUCUAGAGCACAGUCAGUUGCUGCUGCAGAUGCAAUUCCUUUGCUGCAGUAUUUAAUUCAGUCAGGCCCACCUCGGUUUCAGGAGAAGGCGGAAUUUCUUUUGCAGUGUUUACCUGGGACAUUGAUGGUUGUAAUUAAACGUGGCAACAAUAUGAAGCAGUCAGUUGGCAACCCAAGUGUCUAUUGCAAGCUUACACUUGGUAACACUCCGCCUAGGCAAACGAAGGUGGUAUCAACCGGUCCUAAUCCCGAGUGGGAUGAGAGCUUUGUGUGGUCCUUUGAAAGUCCACCGAAAGGCCAGAAGCUUCAUAUCUCAUGCAAGAACAAGAGCAAAGUGGGGAAGAGCUCGUUUGGAAAAGUAACAAUCCAGAUUGACCGUGUCGUGAUGCUAGGGGCAGUUGCCGGUGAGUACACUCUAUUACCUGAAAGCAAAAGUGGGCCUUCGCGGAAUCUGGAAAUAGAAUUCAUGUGGUCGAACAAGUAAAACAUCUAAUACCGAGUUUCUUUUAACCCAUCCACACCAAAGUUUUAGGAACAUGAUAAUUUGUAUUUUUUUCCCCUUCAUAUUUUGAGUCUUAUUUAUAUGUUAUUAGUGUGUAUAUAGUUUGCAGGAGAUUUUAUAUUUUGUAAUGUCCAUUUACAGUCUUGAAAAGUCAGUUCUUGUGUUUUUGUUUUGUGACCUGAAAAGUUUACACCUUUGUUGUAUUUUUGUAUUAUUAUUGUUGUGCUAGUCAAUUUCAGAGGAAAAUAAGGAUUUGUCUGAUUGAUUAAAAACAUUAGACAUAUUUGAGUGUAAUAUUUAUUUAUACGAUCGAUUGACUGAUUGAUUGAAAAAUCAUUGAGCAAUGCAAUAAAAUUUGCCAACAACAGGGCACAUGAAA